CCAUCCGUUUUGAAGCAGCCUUCGAAACCAGGUUAAAACAGGUUAAAACUCUUGCACAGGAACCAGGGAAACCGAAGUCUAAGCCAAAUCCAGUCGUUUCAAAUGUCAAUAUAUGAGGCAAAAGAAAUGCCUGUCACAAAAUCAUGAAGAAGAGCCAAACAACUGUCAUCGCUCUGCGUGACAGCUGUCACCGUGCAGUGCAACAACUCUCAUCGCGCAGUGUAAUGUGGCCUGAAUAGAACACCAUAAAAGAGUGAACUGUAGCCCUGUCGAGUUCAAAGUUUUCGUUGACUCAUUUUGUAUUCAAGUGAUCGAUGUGAUCUACAACGCCUGCAUCUAUAAUGAAAAUAUUCGUUGGAGGAGGCAGCAAUCCAGCGGGGAAAGCCAUCAACACUCUAUGAUACUCUAACCCUGAUUGGGCACCCGCUUGAAGCUUGGACACAACAAGGUAGAUAGUUGCUCAGUCGCUCGUGACUCAGAGAGGUAUGCAAGAAGUGUGAAGAGACAAGAGCAGAAAUGCAAACAUGAUGCUGCGGAAGCUCUCUUACAGCUCGGGUCAGACCACAAGACUCAACCAGUGGAUGAUGAAGUUGCUCUCGGGUUUGGCGCCAAAAUGUCGUCCAGUGUGAACAACAUUUUUGCUGCUCUCAAUCUUUUCGUCAUUAUCUACGUCAUCGUUUGCGGCAUGUUUCGAUUGGAUACCAGCUAUUGGCACAUUCCCGCUGUGGAAUUGCCGAAGGGUCCAUGCAAGGCACAACCCGACAACCAGACGUCCCCACCGCAGUGUGAAAAUUACGGCAGCGGAGGUUUCAUGCCGUAUGGAUUCAGCGGGGUUAUGGUUGGAGCGGCAAUGGGAUUCUAUGGUUUCAUUGGAUUCGAUGUCAUUUCAACAGCCGCUGAGGAAGCGCACAAUCCACAGAAGUCCAUUCCCCUGAGUACCAUGGCCACAGUAUUCUUCGUAUUCCUGUCCUUCUUUGGUGUGUCCAUUGUACUGACCAUGAUCUGCCCUUACUACCUCCUGGACGAAAAGGCACCCUUGCCUGAAGCUUUUGAGCGGAUUGGCUGGACGGUAGCCAAGUAUGUUGUCACGGUGGGCGGCAUUGUGGGAUUGUUUACCAGCUUGGUUGGAUGUAUUUUCACCCUUCCGCGGUACAUCUAUUCUAUGGCUUCCGACGGUCUUCUCUUUGGUUGCUUAGCCACUGUGAAUAAGCGAUUCAACAUGCCCGUCAAUGCUUGCAUCUUUUGUGGUGCUGUAGCAGGCAUUAUGGGGAUGCUCCUUGACAUCGGUUCGUUGGUAUCAAUCGUUGCUGUGGGAACUCUCGUGCCGUAUGCGCUAGUAGCCGCCUGUGUGCUGACAUUAAGAUACGAACCGGACUUUUCAUCCAUAGCUGCAGCAACACAUCUGUAUCCUACAGUAGGGGAGGGAGAACGCGCGACAUUUGUGGAUUCACUUUUGGCUAUACUUAAGCAAGCCAUGUGGCCACGGUAUGCUGAGGCUACCCUACUCUCAUCAAGGGUGGUGACUAUUGCAGUGUUCCUGUUAACCCUGAGUUUUAUCGGUAUAUCAUCAGUCAUUGAAUUUGCCAGUGACUGCCUAAUGAGAAGGGAGCCGUGGGUAUUGACAGUGACCUCACUAAUCAGCGUUCUCAUAGUCCUCCUAUUGAUAACCAUCGCCAGGCAACACCAGAGCAACACUGAGAUCUCAUUCAAAGUGCCGAUGGUGCCAGUAGUACCGGCAGCCAGUCUAUUCAUCAAUAUAUACCUACUUGUUCAGAUAGACAGUCUGACCUGGGCUCGUUACUUGACCUGCAUGUUUGUCGGUGUGGUAAUCUAUUUUGGCUACGGGGUAUGGAACAGUAAAGAGUGUAGCGUCGAUCCUGCGACCCGACGACAUAAGAAAAUCGUAGCUUCGGCGAAAAAAAUCGCAAAAGAAACAGAAAUGGAGCAGAGCGGGAAAAGCUGCCGGAUGGCUGAAAACGAUGCCUCAGGAACUCACACUCUUUUGUCUGCUUUUGACAUGUCACCGAUUUUAUAAUUUUUCUCCCUUUAUCACUUAUUUUCCUUUGACCGAACAAAACUGGGAAACUUGCGACCUUGUUCACCCAAAGGGGUUUGGUGUACUCAGUUCGUGUGUGCUUCACGUACGACAUGUGUAACCAGCAAAGUGGUUACUUUUGAGUAACACCCACGAGUUGUUUGACCCACAGCAUGGCCACAAUGGCAGAGCUGGACGGCUUGUAAAAUGAAGGGGUGGAAGCUACCAGCAGGACGCAUGUCUUUUUUAAUACAACUGUCUGGGGAUACACCAUGUAUUUUCCUAUGGGAAAUAGCCCUUGAAAGGGGACUAGUCUUCUUGCCUCGUGGACAGUUUCCCUGUUGAAAUGUUAGAAGUAAUUUCCCUUUGAAAAAAGAUCUUCUAGUGCCACUAUUAUUGCUUCUAUUUGAGUUAGGUUUCCCAGCGUGUUGUGCAAAAAAGAUUCGCCAGCAGGACUACCAGCUUGUACUGAAAGGGUUUGAUGAAACCGGGGCCUCUAAAUUGCUCUAUUUUGCAACGGAGUGUAGUCAUCAAUAUUCAAAAUGGCAAUGAGCUUCACUCUUGUUUUUAUGGUUGCAGAAGUAUAAGCUGCCUGAGACAAGGGUGAUAAAUACCCUAAUUAGAAAUCAAAAAAUAUACCCACACGUUUCUCGGGAGAAACAUAUAUCAAAUUAAAGCUCAUUUCUUCAUCUAUAAUUUUCCUUUCAAUUUUUCUUGAAUGGAGAUGACUCUUGAAGAUGUUGUUCAGAAAUUAUCAUUCCUAUACUUUCGAAUCUCAACGCCAUUUUGAAAAUUGAUACCUAAACUCGCAGUCCUGCUCGUAGCUUAUGUCUUCUUUUUACAAAACACUCAUUCCACGCGCCGAAAAAUACUCUAAUAGCAGAGAAUUUGACAACAUACAAAUCGUGGUUUGGCCCGCGAGGGCAAGUUUGGGCAUAUUUUCUGGCUUCCAACCUUAUAUGGGGUGACCAUUUUUGGAUUGAAAUAUCUGCACAGUGCAUAGGUCAUCAGUUAACCCUGAAAACUGAAAAGAAAAUAAAAGAUACGGAAAUAAACUAUAAUUCUGUGUGUGUCUUUAACACCUGAUAAACUUGUUAAUAGUUUUUCUU